AUGGCCGCCCUCCCGAGCACCGCCGCCUGCGCCUCCGCCCGCGCCGGCCCGGCCGCGGGGAUCCUCGACUACGCCGCCAUCCACGCCUGCCUGCUCCGCGGGGACCGCCGCCUCUCCCUCCCCAUCCUCACCCUCCUCCUCCUCGCCCACUUCCGCUUCCUCGCCGCCGCCGCGGGCGCGCACUUCUCCCCGGCCGUCUCGCGCCUCGCGUCCCGCCUCCGCCUCUCGCCCUCCAUGGCCGCCGUCACGCUCCUCGCGCUCGGCAACGGCGCCCCGGACGCCUUCGCCUCGGCCGCCGCGCUCCGCGGCGCGGGCGGGCUCCCGCGUGCGGGCCUCGCCGCCAUCCUCUCCGCGGGCGCCUUCGUGUCCGCGUUCGUCGUCGGCGCCGUCGCCCUCAUCGCGGCCCCCUUCGCCGUCCCGCCGGCCUCCUUCGCGCGCGACGUCUUCUUCUACCUCGUCGCCGCCUCCGCGCUCUUCUGCGUCUACCUCAGCGCCGAGAUUUUCCUCUGGCAGGCCGUGGGGCUCGUCCUCUUCUACGUCUUCUUCGUCGGGCUCGUCUUCUACAUGGACUUGGGCGCCGCGGGGAAGCUCGUCAGCUCCGCCGAGCUCGAGAUGGGCCGCGCCGCCAUGGAUUUGCCUGUCUCCGUGGAGCAUGGGAAGCAACGCGCUGCCACUAUUUGGACGGUGCUAACCAAGGUAACAAGGGUUUGGGAUUGGCCUGUGACAUUUCUUCUGAAGCUCACGAUACCAUCAACACUUCCUUCUGAGUGGAACAGAUUUUAUGUCUGUGCAAACAUCUGUUUGUGUCCUCUCAUACUGUUAUAUUCCUUUAGUUCAUUCAUUCCAUUGGAUAGCCGAAUAGUGUUUCUUUUCCCUCAAAUCCGCUUUCCCCUCUGGUCUGUUGUGCUUCUGGUUAGCUUUUGUUUGGCUCUAUCCCACUUCCGUUUUGAGAAAGAAACACCAGAAAGAGAAAACAUUGCGAGUACCCUCAUAUCGUUUGUAAUGAGUGUCUUCUGGAUCUCAACCAUGGCUGGAGAGCUCCUGAACUGCCUGGCAGCAAUUGGAGUCAUUAUGGAUCUCCCUCCGGCUAUUCUUGGCAUGACAGUUUUGGCAUGGGGCAAUUCUAUCGGUGAUCUUGUUGCUGACGUGGCAUUGGCCAAGAAUGGCCAACCUACGAUCGCCAUCGCUGGCUGCUUUGCUGGCCCAAUGUUCAACAUGCUUGUUGGAUUAGGAACGGCCCUAGUGAUGCAAACAGCAAGAGUGUAUCCAAAAGCCUUUGUACUUGAAUUCCAUGUUGGAAUUGUUGUUGCAUUUGUAUUUCUUCUUCUGAGCUUGAUGGGAACCCUUUUUGUGGUCACCUGGGCCAGAUUUAGGGUACCAAGAUUCUGGGGCUACUGCCUUAUGGGGCUGUAUGUAUUGUUUACCAUAGUGAGUAUCGCCAUUGCGAGCUCCUCUGGAUGAUAAUCUUCUAUAUAAAUAGCAGCUCAUAGGUUGUGUAUACUGUAAUUGUUUUACAGUUCUGGUUGGUACAAAGCAAGGGUACCAUUUGAAA